GACCAACUUCUUUAAUUGGAGAUAGACAGACUUCUUCCAAGUCUAUGUAUACAAAUUAUGGAACAUAAAAACACCAUUCCAGAAAGAGAUUCUAGUCUGAUAAUUGAAACAAUCCAAAACCAAAUCAAUAUGCCUAGUCAUAUACAAAAUCUCACUCUGCUCAGUAUUUUACUGCUUCUCAUCACCACCGUCCACUCGCAAUCCGUUCCCUCAAAUUUGAGUUCCAAUGGCAACUGGACUUGCACGAAAUGCUGUGAGCAGGCUUAUGGGUUCAUGCCUUGCAGUACCAGCGCUGUUGGCAAUUUCGUUUUGAUAAUUGGGUAUGGAUACCUUUUCUUCUUAGCUUCCAAGUCUUUGACCAAAGGUUGCGAGAUUUUGAAUCGGAUUUUGGGGCCUGGAAUUGUUGGUGGCUUGUUGCUUCCCCAACUCGGAGAACUCUCUGAUGCAAUGCUUGUGCUAGCGUCAGGACUUGUUGGAAAUACAACGACUGCAGAGAGACAAGUCUCUGUAGGAAUGGGAUUGUUGGCAGGAUCUAGCGUCACACUUCUUACGGUUGUUUGGGGUUCCUGCAUUGUUGCUGGCAAAUGCAAUAUUGGGGAGACUGAUUCAAUUGCAAUUGAUCAAAACGACACAAAGGGUUUCAACUUAUUUGGCAGCGGUGUCAGUACUGAUGUUUGGACACGCUACAGUGCAAUGAUAAUGGUUGCAUCUAUCAUCCCACUUAUUGUUGCUCAAUUACCACAGAUUUCGCAUUCAAAUACAAUAAGGCAUAUAGCAGAGUUGCUCGAAUUGACUCUCUCUCUCUUAAUGUUGAUUUCUUAUUCGUUUUACCAGGUAAUUUUUUUUAUUUAAUUGUAUAUAAAUAAUAUAAGAAAAAUGGACAUUGCAAAUAUAAAAUCAAACCAAAUUUAUGCUA